UGCGUAAUGAGGUGUUGAUUUGCGUGAUGUGUUGUAUCUCACCGGACGGAAAGUUUCAUAGCGCCGAGUGUGGUUUUACAGCGUAACAUUCACAGAGGUGAAAACAGUAUCUUUCAUACAUUUCGUAUAUCCACUGCGUCUGUGUUUUGUGUUCAUGGUAACAUUGGAACUGUAUGAAGUUGUGAUUUACCUGUAGAAAAUGAUGGACAUGCCAGCAUCAAGCGAUAUUAUGAUAAUUGGAGGGAACUCACAUCCAGAGCUUGCAAAUUUAGUCGCUAGCCGCCUAGGGGUUAAACCUGCAGGAUGUGCAGUGUACCACAAAACUAAUCGAGAGACCAUGGUGGAGAUUGGAGACUCUGUUCGAGGCAAAGACAUCUACAUUCUGCAGACGGGAACCAAGGAUGUGAACAAUAACAUAAUGGAAUUGUUGAUCAUGGCGUAUGCCUGCAAAACAUCCUCUGCAAAGAGCAUUGUUGGUGUUAUUCCUUACCUUCCAUACAGCAAGCAGUGCAAGAUGAGAAAGAGAGGAUGUAUUGUAAGCAAAUUGUUGGCUAAGAUGAUGUGCAAGUCAGGUCUCUCACAUGUCAUCACAAUGGAUUUACAUCAGAAAGAAAUUCAGGGAUUCUUUGACUGCCCUGUUGAUAACUUGCGUGCCUCACCCUUUCUUCUUCAGUAUAUACAGGAAUGUAUACCUGAUUACCGCAAUGCCGUGAUAGUGGCUCGUAAUCCUGGGUCAGCAAAGAAAGCAACAUCGUAUGCAGAACGUCUGCGACUAGGCAUUGCAGUCAUUCAUGGAGAACAGAAAGAAGCAGAAAGUGAUAUGGUGGAUGGAAGAUAUUCUCCUCCCACUGUUCCUCGAUCUCGCACAAUGGAUGUUGGUGUGGGGGUACCUGCCCAUCCGGCCAAGGAGAAGCCUCCUAUAAAUGUAGUGGGUGAUGUUGGUGGACGAAUCGCCAUCAUGGUGGAUGACAUGGUUGAUGAUGUGCAAUCAUUUGUAGCUGCUGCUGAAGUUCUGAAGGAGCGUGGGGCAUACAAAAUUUAUGUCCUUGCCACCCAUGGACUGCUUUCUUCAGAUGCACCUCGACUCAUUGAAGAUUCACCGAUAGAUGAGGUUGUGGUGACAAAUACAAUUCCACAUGAGCUACAAAAGAUGCAGUGCCACAAGAUCAAGACUGUGGAUAUUAGUGUCCUCCUCUCGGAGGCAAUUCGUCGCAUCCAUAACAAAGAAUCUAUGUCUUACUUAUUCAAGAAUGUCACACUGGAGGACUGAAUGGGCUCAUAUUUGAUGAUAUAAAGUAGGAAUAUGGAUAAUCUAUAAUAAAUUUAUAUUGGAGAGUUCGAAAUGAAGAUUUCAACAUAGCUGAAGGCAGAUAAACAAAGAGACUAUCCACAUUCAUGAAACCAGCAUACAGUUUUUAAUGUAAUUGGCAGUUUUGGUAGAAUUUCCAAAUACUGUGAAUACUGUGUUAAAUUUUAAAAUCUGGAACAUCUUUUUUUACAUAUCAAUUUUCUAGAUACCUGAGUCGGAAUAUUUCAGAUACAUGCUCAUGUAACACAGCCACUUUUUUUUUUUCCUUCUGCUUAUCUUGAACUUGGUCUGUAAGAGUACUGUUUCUAGUUAUGUUAAUGUUUAUUUCUAUUGCAUGACAAAAGUUGUUUCGUACUUAGGGGUGUGUGGUACACAAUAAAAGAGCGAACAUAAUUGUAUGUGACUGUUACUAAAUUCUUGAAUUGGUAAACAAUUUGAAGCAUGUAGUUGAUUAAAGAUGAUAACCAUUUUGCUGCAUAAGAGAAAUCUUUGCGUUUCAAGCAAAAGAGGGAUCACAAUAUCCUUUAUCAGGUUAAUGUUAAUGCUACUGAACAUCCUAAAAUAACUUCUCUCAAAUUCCAUUCUUAUGUUGCAUCGAGUUGAAUUUGAAUUGUGAAGUUUCUGUUUCUCAUUUUUUUAAAUUUUUUGUACUCUGUUAAACAAUAUUUCUGUAAAUUAUUUUACAUUUUUUCAUAUGUGUUUGCUGCAUUUAGAAACAUAAUGUCUAUCAAAUGGAAAAAAGCAUCUUUGCUUUUCUGUGUGUCAUUAGUUUAUAAAGACUCAUGAAUUACUGAACACUGCUAAAAUCACAAAGCCGAAAGACUGGCCAGUGCUUGUUUCAGGGGACACAACUCCCUGAGAACAAAAAAAUGUACUCACAUUUUUUGGAACCAAACAUUUGUUCCUCAAGGUUUAUAGAGAAAUUAAGCAGGGGAAGUUGGACCUUACGUUUUUGAGGACAAAAGCUGACCUCAGUAAGUGGGUUCGUCUUAACUUAUGGUCUCAGUUAUUGACCAUCCCACUCCUCUCUGAUCUCCAUUUUCACAGUAUUGUUUUGUAUUUUAAGUGUUUCUACUGGCAGUAUUUAAAGCUGUGUCUCCUGAAGGUGAGUACUGGGCAGCCUUUCUCUCUCUUUGUGAUUUCAACAACUUUUUGAACUGAUGGUGUUAUACAAAUUACUGAACUUCCAUUUGGCAUUGCUAUAUGGGAAGGAGAAUAUUGUGGUUGUUUCAUCUACUUUAAAUGAUUUAUUUGUGAAGCGUGUCUUGGAAGUUUGGAACAAAUACCAGUAUUGUUAAUCUGCAACUGUAGAUCAGUGCGUAGUAAUAACUUGAAUGCAUGCAGCCUCCACUUUGAUUUCCAUGUAAACUCUGUUAUAUACUGGAAAAAAAAAAAAAUCAUAUUCAGCCUUUAAUGCUAUGAUCGUUCCGUAAAUCUCAUUAACAUUUAUAAAAGAGUGUUUAUGAGGUAUGAAUACCAUAAUCAUUUUAAUUUACUUUGCAUAUGUGAUCAACAGAUCAAUGAAAUGUAGAUUUUGUCACACUGCUUGGCAUAUAAAACUUAUCUUGUACCAUAUUAAAUUCCUUUGUUAGGUACUUAUAUUGGAAAUGCUUUCAUCAGUAAACUCAGUGGAUGGUGGCUAAAGGUAUUGUUGAGUUACUGUCCUUAUAUGUAUGUGAUAAAUGGUUGUAAACAGUUUUCUGUUUAUUUCUGCUAAAAAUUUUGACUGCAAAAUCUACAGUAUUCCUAUUUUAUUUUCAGUAUUAUUUGUAUUAAAACUGGUAAUUGGAAGACAUUCACUUAAAAUAAAAUUCUCUGCCCUUUAAUAGUGAUUGCAAUCUAGAUUGUGAGGGACAAAUUAAAGAAUUAGACAGAAACUUGCCCAGUAAGGUAGCAUCUGUGUUACACAGAAGGUGUACUAUCAGUUCAAAAUGUUUUUCUGUGGUACGGGAAAUUAUUGGUGUAGUAUUAUAAAUAUGGAGCCAAUUUUGAAUAUAGCAGAUCCAUUCUGCUGAACUGAGAUGACAUCCAGAAUAAAACACUCAAAAUUUUGCUUACAUUGUGUAAUGCAAACUUUAAAAACAUCUUUUUUUGUCAGGUGUCUCCUGUGCAAUCUACAGUAAAAUCUCUGACGGGGAAUCUCAAAUUUAAGAAAAUGUUAUUGUGACUGGUAUUUUCUCAAAUUGUAUGGAAAUGAGAGAACGUGUAUGUGUGAAUCAGAUUUGGCAUGUAAAGAAAUAAGGAAAUAAAAACAUUUCUUCAUUUGCAAACUUA